GGCUGAGAGCGAACUUCUGCGCCUCCGCCGCCCCCGGGGAGAGACAUGGCCCACGAGCGUCCCGCCGGUGCCCUGGAGCCCGAGCUCGUCCAGCGGCUGCUGCUCUCCUGCCGGGAAGCCAAGAAGUCCGCCUACUGCCCCUACAGUCACUUCCCCGUGGGGGCCGCGAUCCUCACUCGGGACGGAAGGAUCUUCUCCGACCAGCCCCUGGCCUCCUGGCUCCCUCCCUGGGCUUCCCGUCUCCUCCAAGACUGCUCUCCAAGCCAUGCCACCCUCCCCAGCGCACAUCCAGGGUGCAACGUAGAAAACAUCUGCUACCCGUUGGGCGUCUGUGCGGAGCGGACGGCAAUCCAGAAGGCAAUCUCAGAAGGACACAGAGAGUUCAGGGCCAUCGCUAUCUCCAGUGACCUGCAAGAUGACUUUAUCUCACCCUGCGGAGCCUGCAGGCAAGUCAUGAGAGAGUUUGGCACCAACUGGGCUGUCUACAUGACCAAGCCAGAUGGCACCUAUGUUGUCAGGACAGUCCUGGAGCUGCUGCCUGCCCCCUUCGGGUCCCUAGGCUGGCAAAAGAUCCAGUGAGUUCGGGAAAAUGCCCACUGCCUGGAAGAGCCUGGGUUUCCACAUGUAUUUAAGGGGACAGCUGCCCAGAGAACUUCACGAAGAUGUUCUUACAGUCCUGGAGACAUCUGCCACGUGGACAGGGCUGGGCAGAGAUGUCUUUUCCAAAUGACACUCGAGCGCGGAGAUCUUCACUGAAGCAAUAAAGGGUUUCAUUCCAUCCUGGGCCAACAUCCCUCCUGGCAACCCACCUUAUCCUUCCUGGGACAGGAGCACCCAUCCCUUCCUUUCCUUCCCAAGGGCCAUCUUUAAAAUUCCAGCCAAGUCUGGACUGCUUCCCCGUCAGCCUUCCCAAGGUUCUAUACUGUUCUGAGCGACUUUUCUAAUUAUAGACUUCACAGAGUGCA